AUGAAGAAUUUGAAGAUUCAAGAAAAAACUGAACAAUCUGGUGGUGGUGGAUCUUCAUUUGUUUUUAGUGUAACAGAGGAAGGUGGUUCUUCUAAGCCAAAACCACAAAGGAAAAGGAAAAAAGGGAAAACAGUAACAGCAAGAAAGAAAACAAGGAAAUACUACCAUUCAAGCAGCAGCAUCACAUCAUCACUGGUUCAUCUAACAAGCCAUGAGGGUGAUAUUUUCGAAUUGGUAGUAUCAGGUGCUUUGUUAUCUCGAACAAUCAAACAUUUGAUCGAAGAUGGCUGUGAUGGAAAUGAUCAGAUUCCAAUUCCAUUAACUAAUAUUUCAACUGAGAUUUUGAAGAAAGUGGUUGAGUUUCUAGAGAAACAUGGUGAGAAAGAAGAUAGAGAUGAGGAUGAGGAAAAAGAACUGAUUCAAUGGGAUGAGAAAUUUGUUGCGGGUUUUAAAGAUGAAGGGAAUACACUUUUUGAUAUGAUUCGUGCUGCUGAUUAUUUGGAUGUCAAGUGUUUAAUGGAUGUAACUUGUCAAGCCUGUGCUGAUAUGAUCAAAGGGAAGUCACCUGAAUGGAUUAGAAAGUAUUUCAAUAUCAAGAAUGAUUUUAGUCCUGAUGAAGAAGCAGAAGUUAGAAGAGAGAAUCAGUUGGCUUUUGAGUAG